AUGUACGAAGGGAUUGACAACCUGAAAUCCCUUUACGACCGUGCCGGGAAGACUUUCUCCGGCGGUCCUUCUGCGACACAGGAUGUGUCGCGUCGUACUGCUCGACCAGACCCAGUACGUCAACCAUCAAUUGGGAGCGGGGCUCCCAAGAAUCCCAGGACGGGGGAUAGCCGCGCCACCGGACGAGGUAACUCGUCCGACGUCCGUUCACGUCGCGGUGGUUCAACAGCUGCUCAACUAGAUAGCGCUGGCCACCGCGAGAGUCCUCUAAUGGAGGUGGAGGAGGAGGAAAGACGCUCUCCACACGAUCAUGUGGAUCGGUGUGUUCCCGAGAGCUUCUUUGAUCGCGUAACGCAAGGGUUACGCGACGAUCUCGAGCAUGAGCGGAAUAGGCGUCUCCAGAUGGUGGACACUGCCUCGAAGCAUCGAGCUGAGUUUGCCUUUGCUCAGCUUGAGAACGAGAGAUCUCUGACAUCUCUUCGUGACGAGCUAAGGGUAGCUCGUGGGAUUGUUGAUCGGUCUCGGGCUGAGAUAACUGCUCUUCAGACCCUUGUUGAUGCCCACCAUCGGGAGCACAAGGCUCUCUGCGAGAUGCUUGAGCGCAAGGGCGUUCUUCAUCGGAAGAAGCAGCGUACUGAUGGUACGGCUUAA